ACACUUUAUUAGGUAUACCUUUCCAGGAUUUUAUGGGACCCCUUUUUUUUGCCUUCAGAGCUUCCUUAGUUCUUCGUGGCUUCAACAAGGCGCUUUCUCCAUGGUGUAAUGUCCAUAUUGACAUGAUGGCAUCACACAGCUGCUGCAAAUCUGUCGCCUGCACAGUGAACUCACUGUCAUGUUCAAGAAAUCUGUUUAUGGCAUUGUGUGUUAUCCUGCUGGAAGCAACCAUCUGAGGCUGGGUACACUGCGGUCAUAAAGCGAUGGAUGUGGCACCAGAGGAGCGCCGCUACGCACAAACAGAGACCGCUCUGUGCUCUGUGCUCUCUCUGUAAGUCAGUUUGGAGAUGCUCCAGGGGACAGUGAGCAGGGCUUGGCUCUGCCUGUCCUUCUGCCUCCUGUUGGGGAUCUGUUCUCCAGCAGAGGAUGGAGGACCAGCAAGUCCUCCUCCUAGUUUCCCCCCUGAGCAAGGGUCAGGGGAGUUGGAUUUCGAGGACUGGGAGUGGGGCUCUGGAUCGUCUCUUCUGCACCUGCUCCACAGCUUCCCCGCUGACAGCCCCUUCACAACAGAGUCCUCAGAAAAGCCAGUCAACUGCACACAGCGCUUCUGGCUCCCUCCAUCAUCUCCAAUCUGCUGGGAAAACAUAGCAGGACCCAAAGAGUUUGCCAGGUCUCGUCUGCUUGUUCUGCAGAACAGGGCGGCCCUGCAGGCGGUGUCCACCUCCAGCGGGGUGGAGGAGGGAGGGCUGUCCUACGACCACCAAGCUAGAGAGGAGGUCCAGGGGAUCCGAUCAGACCACCAGAAAGUGACCGAAACUAUGCAAAGCAUGGAGACCGUGUUUGUCUCUCUGGCAGAGAAGAGGAAAGAGGGCAAGGAGCGGGGUGUCUUUACGAGCAUGAAGGAGCGUCUCGCAAAUACGAGGGAUGCUCUCGAAGGCAGAGACCACGUGGCUAACCACCUGGAGGAGAAGUUUUCCACUUUGGAGGCGACACUUCUCAAUAUACAGCUUCGACUUAGAAAACUCAUCCAUCACUGACGAUGCUGGAAACCCCUUAUUUGAACUGUAUUUGUAUGAUAUGAAUGUCUCAUAACGAUGUAGCCCAUGCAUGCAUGCUCAGGAUGAGUGUAGUUUGUAAUGAGAACAAAACACACUUGAUUUGCACCUUAUUAUGUCACCAGCUCGCCUGCCAAAAUAAAACAUGUAACCAAGAUUCAGCAGAAAUGAAUAAAUGUUACAUUUUCUUGGAGUUCUGAUGAACACAAAGCUGUAAAGUCUAGUUUUACAGUCAACGUUUGACAUAACGGAACAAAAUGAACAUUGUAGCAUUUCUUAAAAUAAACACAUUACACCACA